AUGGAGAGCACCGAGAAAGGCAGCCAUCAGGCCUCUGAUGAAGAGUUCAAGAUACCAAGCGUAGAGACUACAAUCGUCGCAGAGAAAAAGCUUGAUGACGAGCUAUACGUACCCAGAGACGAUGAGGAAUUCAUCGACCCUCGCUUGAAGGACUAUCCCAUUCCGCUAGUCGCGAAGACCGUAGAUCUUCACAACGAUCCGACAGAGCCAAUUCUUACCUUCCGAUUCUGGGUACUCUCAACUUUGUGGACCAUAGUCGGGUGUGCAGUGUCGACAUUCUACUACUUCAAACCUUACGACCAAUAUCUCACAUCUUAUGCGGUCCAGCUUCUGGCAUGGGGCACGGGCGAGGCUAUGGCUCGAUGGCUACCGAAGCGAGAGUAUUCCAUAUUCGGUUACAAAUGGUCGAUGAACCCCGGUCCUUGGAAUGCAAAAGAACACGCUCUGAUCAUCGUUGCGUAUUGGGGCUCGUGCUAUACUGCCUAUGGCCUUGGCCCACUGAGCGCACUUCAAAUAUACUAUGGCAAAAAGAUAUCUGCAGGCUGGAGCAUUCUAUUCCUGAUCACUACUCAAAUGAUCGGAUACGGCUUUGCAGGAGUCUUUCGUGACAUUCUGGUCCGACCUCCAAAGAUUUACUAUCCGGGCGUGCUCCCAAAUGUCGCGCUGUUCAACGCGAUGCAUCGAAACCCUACCGUCACGAGGAAUUCGCUCAAGUUCUUUAUCAUUGUCGCGGUCGGGGCUUUCAUCUGGGAAUGGUUUCCAGAACUCAUAUUUCCGGUCCUUGCCUCUCUUCCGAUCAUCUGCUGGUUCGGGCAUGGCAACCCCAUCGCGUAUGUCCUUGGAUCUGGUACAUACGGAUUCGGCUUUCUCACGCUCUCUCUCGAUUGGAAUUAUAUCAACGUUCUUGAAUCUCCUUGGUACACACCACUUUGGGUAUCCAUGACGAUGUGUGCGGGCGUCGUCUUCUCUGCUUGGUUCCUGUAUCCGAUCCUUUACUACACCAACACAUUGAAUGCACAGACCUGGCCCGCGAUGGCUUCUGGCACUUACGACGUAAACGGAACUGACUACAACAUCACCCGCGUGAUGACCUCAGAUUUUCGACUGAAUCAAACGGCCAUGGACGAGUACUCAAGACCUUACUGGAGUCUGCCUUAUGUUUUCUCCUUCUUCUUUGCUUUUGCUUGCAGUACAGGUGCUAUCAUGUAUGCGAUCUUGUGGUACGGCAAGAGUGUAUGGAAAGCUGCAAAGGAUGCAUUCAAGAAAAGAUCCGAGAUGGACGAUUACAAUGAUCCCUAUCUUAAGCUAAUGUCCUUUGACCCACGGGUGCCGCAUUGGUGGUACCUGGCUCUCCUUGGAGUCUGCGCUGCUCUGUCGCUCGGUACAAUCUAUGGAGCGGACCUGCAAUUGCCCUGGUGGGGUUUCAUCGUCAUGGCACUGGUCUCAUGGGCAUUCACACUUCCGAACGGCAUACUGUGGGGCGUCGCAAAUCAGCAGAUCGGCAUGGCAUAUCUUUCAGAAGUCAUCGCUGGCAGCCUCUUUCGUGGCAGUCCCACUGCAGUGCUGAUGUCAAUGACUUAUGCCCGUCAGAUCUUGGAACAAAAUCUCAAUCUUAUCUCGGACUACAAGUUCGGCUUCUAUAUGAAGAUACCGGAGAAGGAGAUGUUUAUUGGUCAAGUUUGGGGCACGCUUGUUGGUCCAUUCAUCAAUGUCUGCUUGAUGCAGUACGUUAUUGAUGAUAUAGGAAUUCCCAAACUCACGGGGAAAGUCAAGAGCGUGAACUGGUAUGCAGCCAGGACGAAAAACUUCUACUCGCUGUCCGUGCUCUGGGGUGUUUUGGGACCACAGACUUUCUUCGGGAAAGACUCGCCUUACAAUUGGGCAUAUUACGGGUUCGUUGUAGGACCCGUGGCCGUGAUACUCGUGUGGCUUGUCCAGAAGACAAAGCGGAACUGGAACCUGGAGCACUAUUGCAAUCCCACUCUAUUUUUCCUGGGUGCGGCCACGUUCCCAAUUUUUCCAAUGACGAACUUCUUCCCGGCAUUCCUGGCGUCAAUCAUCACCAUGGGCUUCGUUUACCGCUAUCGUCCUGCUUGGUGGCGGAAGUACCAUUACUUGACCGGAGUCGGCAUGGAUUGUGGUACCCAAAUAAUGCAGACCUUCCUGGCGUUCUGCAUCAAUUUGCCAAACCUGUCGUUUCCGACGUGGUGGGGAAACCAGCCAACAUACAUCGAUCGUUGCUUUCCUCCCAACUCCAAACUUCCUCCGGCCAUGCAAAUACUUCCGAACCCAAGCUGA